CGACGAGCCAUUAGAUACAAUUGGUAUUCAGCCCAGGAUGCUCUUCAGACUGAUCAAGCAAGCGCCGUUGACGGAGAAGGUGGCCUCCCAGGAUGGUUUUAUCUAUCUGUACCGAGCUAUGAAGUUUAUUGGUUGGAUACCACCAAAGGAAGGUCUGUUACGCUAUGUGUAUUUCUGUUGGACCCUGAUGACUUUUGGAUUGUGCACCUUUUACAUGCCACUGGGUUUUCUUGGCAGCUAUAUAACGCAAAUUAAGUUGUUUUCGCCGGGCGAGUUUCUAACGUCGUUGCAGGUGUGCAUAAAUGCGUACGGCUGCUCGACGAAAGUAAUCAUCAUCUACUCGCAGCUUUGGCGCCUGAUUAAGGCCAGGGAAUUACUGGACAAGUUGGAUGUGCGCUGCACAAGUCUCGAGGAGCGCGAGAAGAUUCAUAGCGUUGUCGCGCGGUGUAAUCAUGUAUUUUUCAUCUUCACCAUUAUUUACUGCAGUUAUGGGGUCUCCACCUAUCUCAGCUCCGUACUCAGCGGUCAUCCUCCCUAUCAGCUGUAUAAUCCAUUCUUGGACUGGCAUGAUGGCACACUCAAUAUGUGGAUUGUCUCGACGCUGGAGUAUUUAAUAAUGGCGGGAGCUGUACUGAAACAGCAGUUGUCGGACACCUAUACGUUGGUAUAUGGACUCACCUUGCGCACUCAUCUAGAACUACUCAACGGACGUAUUAGCAAGCUGCGCACCAACCCAGAAAUGACCGAGGACGAGAACUACGAGGAACUGGUGAAUUGCGUCUUGGAUCACAAGCUGAUAUUGGAAUACAGCGCUCUUAUUCGACCUGUCAUAUCGGGCACAAUUUUCACACAGUUUCUGCUCAUUGGCGUUGUCCUUGGGAUAACCCUGAUCAAUUUGCUCUUCUUCUCUGACGUUUGGACUGGCCUCGCCUGUACCGUGUUUAUCGUCGCCAUUCUGCUGCAGACGUUCCCCUUCUGCUACAUCUGCAACCUGGUUGUCGAUGACUGCGAGGCCCUUGCACAUGCCAUCUUUCAGAGCAAUUGGGUAGGUUCCGGCUCGCGAUAUCAGUCCACACUAUUUUACUUUCUGCACAAUGUGCAGCAGCCCAUCGUUUUCAUCGCCGGCGGUAUCUUGCCCAUAACCGUGAGCAGCAACAUAAGCGUAGCUAAGUUGGCAUUUACGGUCAUCACCAUCGUUAAAGAAAUUAAUAUUGCGGAUAGAUUCAAAACUGAAUGAUUUCUGGAGUGCACUCCAAGCAAAU